GUGGACCUGAGCUUCAGCCCAGCCCGAAGUCUCCCUGCCUCACAGGCCCAUCUGCGUGUCACAGCUUCUCCUCAGUCCCUCUGUGGCCUGAGAGCAGUGGACCAAAGCGUGUUGCUCCUGAGGCCUGAAGCUGAGCUCUCCCCUUCCUGGAUCUACAAUCUGCCAGAGAUGCAGCACAAGGACCUUACUCCAAGAUCCCACCAAUUGUCUCCAGACUAUAUUUGUUCUAAGGACACAGGUUUAGAGGCCUUCACCAACUUGAAGAUCAGACAUCCUAUAGAAUGUAUGCGUGUUGCAUAUUAUGGAAUAGAAGGUGCCAGUGAUAACAGAGUCGUGACGACAAGUAAAAAGCCAUUCCAUACAGAUCCACCACGUGAAGAUCCAACUACUGAGACCUUUCGAAAAUAUUUUCCCGAAACCUGGAUCUGGGAUUUAGUCACAGUAAACUCCUCAGGUGUGGCUGAAAUGGAAGUGACAGUCCCUGACACCAUCACUGAGUGGAAGGCUGGGGCCUUCUGCCUGUCCAAUGACACUGGACUUGGGCUCUCUCCUGUGGUUUCUCUCCAAGCCUUCCAGCCCUUCUUCGUGGAGCUCACGAUGCCCUACUCUGUGAUCCGUGGAGAAGCCUUCACGCUCAAGGCCACUGUGCAGAACUACCUUUCUACCUGCAUCCGGCUGGGUGUGCAGCUGGCAGCCUCUCCAGAUUUCACAGCUGUCCUGGUGGAGAAAGCCCAAGAUUCUUACUGCCUCUGUGCCAACGGGAGGCACACCACGUCCUGGUUGGUGACUCCCAAGUCUUUAGGAAAUGUGAAUUUCUCUGUGACUGGAGAGGCACUGCAGUCCCCAGAGCCCUGUGGUUCUGAGGUGGCCACAGUCCCUGACACCGGGAGAAAGGACACAGUUGUCAAAGUCCUGAUUGUUGAGCCUGAAGGAAUUCAGAAGGAGCACACCUUCAGGUCCCUGUUCUGUGCAUCAGAUGCUGGGCUAUCCGAAAAAUUGUCCCUGCUGCUCCCUCCAACAGUAGUGAAGGAUUCAGCCAGAGCUCAUUUCUCCGUGUUGGGUGAUAUCCUGAGUUCAGCCAUUAAAAACACCCAAAAUCUUCUCCACAUGCCCUAUGGCUGUGGGGAGCAGAACAUGGUCCUUUUUGCUCCUAACAUCUAUGUACUGAAAUAUCUCAAUGAAACUCAACAGCUGACUCAGAAGAUCAAGUCCAAGGCCAUUGACUACCUCAAUGCUGGUUACCAGAGGGAGCUGAACUACAAACACAAGGAUGGCUCCUACAGCGCCUUCGGGGAUCGAAAUGGCCAGAGUCAAGGAAACACUUGGCUCACAGCCUUUGUGCUCAAGUCUUUUACCCAAGCUCGAGCCUUUAUCUUCAUCGAUGAAGCACACAUCACCCACGCCUUCAACUGGCUCUCCCAGCAGCAGCAGGACAACGGCUGUUUCAGGAGUUCUGGAUCACUGUUCCACAAUAACAUAAAGGGGGGAGUAGAAGAUGAAGUGACCCUCGCUGCCUACAUAACCAUUGCCCUUCUGGAGAGUUCACUCCCAGCUACACAUCCUGUUGUCUCCAGAGCCCUGAGCUGCCUAGAGUCAUCCUGGAAGACAGUAGAACAAAAUGGAAGGAGUAACUCUGUGUACACCAAGGCCCUGCUGGCCUAUGCUUUCACUCUGGCAGGGAACCAGCAGAAGAGAAAUGAAAUCCUGGAAUCACUUGAUAAUGAAGCAAUAAAGGAAGGUAACUCUGUCCAUUGGGAAAGACCUGAGAAACCCAGGAUAGCAGGGAUAUCUCUGUACGAACCCCAGGCUCCCUCUGCUGAAGUGGAGAUGAACGCCUAUGUCCUCCUCGCUGUCCUCUCUGCUCAGCCAGCACCAACCCCUAAGGACCUGGCUUUGGCAGUGAGAAUCGUGAAGUGGCUCACAAAGCAGCAGAAUUCCUAUGGCGGCUUCUCCUCCACUCAGGACACUGUGGUGGCCCUCCAUGCUUUGUCCAAGUAUGGAGCAGUUACUUUCUCCAGAAGUCAGAAAACUCCUUUGGUGACCAUCCAAUCUUCAGGGACGUUUUCCCAAAAGUUCCAAGUAGAGGACAGUAACCGCCUGUUACUGCAGCAGGUCCCUUUACCUGACAUUCCUGGGGACUAUGAAAUCAGUGUGACAGGAGAAGGAUGCGUGUAUGCUCAGACGACGCUGAAAUACAACGUGCACUUGGAGAAGCAGCAGUCUGCAUUUGCUCUCCGGGUGCAGACAUUACCUCUAACUUGUGAUAACCCCGAAGGCCACAACAGCUUCCAGAUCUCACUGGAAAUCAGUUACACAGGGAGCCGUCCAGCAUCCAACAUGGUGAUUGCUGAUGUGAAGAUGAUAUCUGGUUUCAUUCCAUUGAAGCCCACAGUGAAGAAGCUUGAAAGGUCCGAGCACGUGAGCAGAACAGAAGUGAGCAACACCAAUGUCCUGUUAUAUCUGGAUCAGGUGACCAAUCAGACCCUGGCCUUCUCCUUCAUCAUUCAACAAGACAUCCCAGUGAAAAACCUGCAGCCUGCCAUUGUGAAAGUCUAUGACUACUACGAGACAGAUGAAGCAGCUUUCGCUGGAUACAGCGUGCCCUGCGGCACAGAGAAACCAAAUUUUUGAAACUUGUAUCUGUGGACAAGGCAUUGCUGGAAUCCCCGAAUCCAGGAAUCUUCAAGAUGGUGAUUUUUCUUUGUCUCUGCAAUAUAAAUACUGAACAAGCUUGGUAAAUAAACACAUAGUUCAAAGUG